CUUCACUUCCAACACAUUCCCCAAACAUAGCUCACUUCCACAUUAACCCCCAUGGCACCACCACCACUUCUACUGUCUCUCCUCCUUCUCCUCCUCACUCCCGCCGCCGCCACCACCACCACCACCAAAGCUCUACCUCCCACUCCUUCCUCCACCCCCACCUCCUCCAAAGCUCUACCUCCCACUCCUUCCUCCACACCCUCCAAAGCUCUACCCCCCACUCAUUCCUCCACACCCUCCAAAGCUCUACCUCUACCUCCCACUCAUUCCCCCACCUCCUCCCCCACUCCUUCCACCCCCAUCACAGCCCCCUCUCCCACCACCUCUCCCACAACCCCCACAACCACCCACUCCACUUUAGAUCCCAAACAAAUUAGAGCCCUCCAAUCCCUCAGCAUCCCCACAGUUAAGGACCCCUGCAUUCAACCUUCCCCUCACAACUCCACCCUCUGCGACUCCUCCUCCCCCUUCCGUCACGUCGUCCAACUUCACCUCCAGAACUGCUCCUCCGACCUCUCUCUCACCUUCACCGCCCUCAAAUCCCUAUCCACUCUCCAAACCCUCUCCUUCACAAACUGUCCUUCCCUAUCUGCUGUCCGAUUUCCCUCAGAUCUCUCCCUCUCCCUCCACUCAUUCUCUUCUGUACACUCCUUCCGCCGACUCACUGGCAGCUGGCUCGCUUCAUUCGUGAACCUCACUGACCUCACUGUGACCCAAACAUCGGUGAAUACAAGAGGGCUUUUUGUCAUUCUGGGUAAUAUGCGCAAAUUGAAGUCUGUUACCAUCUCCAAUGCUAACCUUACUGGGUAUGUAAGCAAGCAUCUUCCUCAGAACCUUAGUUACAUAGAUUUCUCGGGUAAUAAGCUUAAAGGAGGAAUACCCACUUCGCUUACAAUGCUUGAGAAUCUUGAAGUGUUGAAUCUUUCCUCCAAUGCAAUUACUGGUGAGAUCCCGGAUGAAUUUGGAGACUUGAUUUCUUUGAAGAAUGUUUCAUUGAGGUCCAAUUCCUUAUCUGGGUCAAUCCCAGAUUCGAUUUCUGCCAUUCCGGGUUUGGUUCAUCUUGAUCUGAGCUCCAAUCAGUUGAACGGGACAGUGCCUGGAUUCUUGUCCAAGAUGAAGCAAUUGAAGUACUUGAAUCUCGAGAACAAUGCAUUACAUGGGGUGCUGCCUUUCAAUGCAACAUUUUUGAAGAAAUUGAUUGUGUUCAAGGUUAGUGGGAAUUCCAAUUUGUGCUACAAUCAUUCAGUUUUGUCAUCAAAAUUGAAACUUGGGAUUGCCCAGUGUGACAAGCACGGAUUACCUAUCUUGCCUCCGGCAUCACCAGAUGAUUCAUCAGCAGAUAGUCAAAGCGAUUCAUCAGAUUAUGGUGAUGAAGAUGAUUCAGGUAACAAGGAGAAACAUCACGGACCAAAUAAAGUUGUUCUUGGUGUUGCUAUUGGACUUUCUUCUAUAGUGUUCCUCAUCGUCUUCCUCAUCCUACUCUCUAAAUGUUGCCGUUGAAAGGGGGUAUUGUGAUUGGUCAUUUAGGAUGUAGAUUAGGAAGAAAUGCUAAUUAGAGAUUUAUAUUUUGUUCAAUUUAUUUAUUAUUGUAUACAUUUUAUUAUGAAGAAGAUUAAUUGUUACUAGUAGGGGAAAAACUGAGGGAUUAGUCAUUGUUUUGGUGUGUAUUUUUUUUUUCUUUUGCUGCAUUUGUUAUUGGAGCAGCUGGUUCCAUUCUUUGCUAUGUAGGCAUUUGACCAUUGUUUUGGUGUAUUAUUGGCUGCCACAGAGUGGAAAAGUGUGUAUCUUGAGCUAUAAGUAUUUGCUUUGUUGAAUUUUUACUCAAUUUAGGUCAUCUUCUAGUUCC